UUCAAAGUAUUGUAAUACUGUGAUAUACUAUUCUCUGCAGUGCUUACAUAGAAAAAUUAUUGUCAUGUUCCCGUCACUGAAUAGUCAGCAAAGGUUAUCCGUAAAUAAUCCUUCUAAACCCAGCAAAAAGGUUCCACUGAAACCAGGAAGGUCUCUCGUUGACUGGAUACAACGGACAAAAUCUGGAGAGGACUUGAAAAAGACAGGACCUCGAUUACUACGUAUAACGACAGAAGAACUAGCCAAACAUAACAAGCCUAAUGAUAUGUGGAUGGCAUUGCGUGGAAUGGUAUACAACGUUACUGCCUAUCUGGAAUAUCAUCCGGGUGGUGCAGAUGAACUGAUGCGUGGUGCAGGGAGAGAUGCCACGUCUCUUUUUGAAGAAGUCCAUCGUUGGGUUAACUAUGAAUCAAUGUUGAAGGAAUGCUUAAUAGGAAAGUUAAUAGACACAAAUCCAAAACAUCUAAAUCAUAGUAUACUGGCGCCUCCGGCAUCUUUAACAAGCCUAAAUCCUCUUGGCGUGAACACUUUAAAAAUUGACUCUGUUGGAGGUACUGCGGCAGGUGUACCUGAAAUAAAUCUUGAAGAUUAUACCUCAAAUUCUGAUGUGUCUAUUUCACUGCCAAAUGAAAAAUCUUCAGUUGAACCAACUUUGGAUUGGUAUCAAACAACAAAAACUAUUGUAAUCGUUUUGUAUACAAAAAUACCCAACUUUUCCAAAGAUCAUGUUAUAUGUGAUCUUUUGAAUAAGAAUUCAGCUGUACUAGAUUUACACGUAGGCAAAAUACUGCACACAUUUCACAUUGCUUUAAAUCAACCAGUUUUAUGCAGUAUUCACAUUGCAGUUACUUCCAUUGGAAAUGUACAAGUUGUCUUUACAAAAAUGGACCCAAAAAUACACUGGAGCACGCUUGGUGAUGUACGACGAACUAAAGAAAACUUCAGCGGCAGAGACGUUUCUAAACUGAGAACAUGUGAAUGUUCUAUUGCAAGUAAAGUUACAUUGACUCACGAUACUGACUUGUAUCAUAUAAAAAUGCCCUGUUCUCGACGAAUGUAUGUGCCCAAGGGAUACCAUGUCUACCUCAAAACUAGUAUUGAUAACAUUGAAGUACAAAAACCUUAUACUCCAGUUCUGAAGUCAAUUUUGAAUGAAAAUGCAGAAAAAUCACUUGAAACCGGAUGUGAUUUUAUCUGGCUAUUACACUAUGAAAGUGGCGCGCUGACUUCAGCGUUGGGCAAAUUAUCACCGAAUAAUAAAAUAUCUGUAAGUGUAUAUGAUGGAGACUUUGAUGCAGAGACUAUUUCAAAAUAUAGCACCUAUAUUCUGUUGGCAGCAGGUACUGGAAUCACGCCUAUGAUUAGAGUUUUAUAUUCAAUGUUGCAAGAUCGAGAUGAUUCACAUGUUCAUUUACUUUUUUUCAACAAAAGAAUUGAGGAUAUUAUUUGGAGAGAUGAUCUCGAUGCAUUUUCAGAAAACUAUCAUGGAAGAUUUUUCACUCACAAUAUAUUAUCACAAGCCGAUGAAUCUUGGAACGGCAGAAGAGGAAGAAUUUCCAAAGAAAUGUUAGAAGAAUAUUUGUCAAAAAUUGAAAAUUUUGACAAAAAUGAUAUUUUGUUCUACAUAUGUGGGCCGACUCUUUUUACCAACUCUGGUCUUUCCAUAAUUAAAGAGCUCGGAUUCCCCAAUGUCCAUGCUUUCACAUAAAAUGCUUCAAUAUUCAAAUUUUAUGUACAGAUUACCAUUGGUCCACAUAGUUCAAUAUAUAAUAAGUAGUGACCUGAGAAUUUCCCACUUUUGAUGCACUUAUGUUUUUGUCAUGCAGUAAAAAGAAUUUGUUACUCUGUUCUAUUUUCCCCUCCGCAACAUAAAAGGCAAAAAAAGCUUCACAGAAACACUAAGGCUGCUUUACUCGACUAGCCUAGGGUUAAUUUUAUACCUUUUUCUGAUAAUAGUGUUGCUUGCAACUCUUUUAUUUUUACCACUUUUAGCUUAGGUACAUUGCUUUGGGGUUCAUAAUUAAUCACGUAUUUGUCCUGUUUGGACUACCAACCAGGGUGACCCUACAUGCAAGACUAGUGAGAAAUCAUUUUCUGUGAAGUGAUUAUAAAAAAGAUUGCGCUUAAAAUACACAUAAGAGCCAGUAAUAAUAAUUAUUAUCAAGUAUUUUGCAUGUGGGAUUUAUUGUUGCUAUGUAAUUACUCACUGUGAUAAUUUUUUAUGUAAGUGGAUUGUCUUUAUAUACAAGUGAAUAUAAUAUAUACUGUAUGUGUAA